AUGUCAAAGAUCAGAGUAGGAUGGCAUAGGGAACAUUUCCUUUCACCUUUAUUACAGUUUGUUGAGAAAGAUAAUGGUGAAACCAUCGAAUUGGUUGAAUGUCCAGGUGGUACAGGUGAAAUGCAAGUAAAGUUGAAGAAUGGUGAAAUUGAUUUAUGUAUCGCCUUGACGGACGCUUUAAUUGCUGGAUUAGCCAAUGGAUUAGAUUCAUAUAAAUUAGUCGGAAGUUACAUAGCUAGUCCUCUUAGAUGGGCAAUCAUAACAGGUAAAGAAAGUGAAUAUAAUUCAAUAAGCGAUUUGAAAGGAACUACGUUUGGUAUAUCUCGUUUGGGCAGUGGGUCUCAAGUUAUGGCUUCUGUACUGUCAUUACAAGAAGGAUGGACAGAAGAUGAACAACCUAAGUUCAAGGUCAAUGGUCAAUUCAAGCCAUUGAGAGAUUCCGUCAAUUCCGGUGAAACCUCGGUAUUUUUAUGGGAAUGGUUCACGACUAAGCCGUAUGUGGAUUCUGGUGAAGUAAGAUUCAUAGGUUCAGUGUAUACUCCUUGGCCAUGUUGGCAUAUAGCAGCUUCACCUUCUUCAUCAAAUGAAUCAAUCAAAUCAUUCUUGGAAAAUUUACAACCAUACGUCGUGGAGUUCAACUCGAAAGAAUCAAGAGAAAAAGAUGAUUUAGAUUUCGUUUCUUCUUAUUUCGGUCAUCAGAGACAAGAUGUAAAAGAAUGGUUACAAACUGUUAAAUGGGAAGAAAAUUUAUUACAAGUUAAAGAGAAUGUAGUAAGAGAUACUCUAAAAGUAUUAGCCAAAGCUGGUGUUGUCAAACCUGAAACUGAGAAUUUGGAUAUAAGUACUUUUGUGAAUACGCAAGUUGCUCAAGUCGUUUAA